AUGGGUUCAUACCUGAUUAACAUGAGUCUUUUUGCAUUUGCCAUCCUGAAUGUACCUAUUUCUGGUGCUGCUAUAAUGAUGAACAUGUUUUAUGUGUACUGCAUGUUUUCUCCACAGAAUGGAUCAGAAAACAUCCUAAAACCACCUCUUAAUGUUUUACUGGGAUCACUUAUUGGGUGCAACCUCACUCUUAAUUUUUUAAACCUGUUAUUUGUGUCAUAUGAUACUUUUUUCUCAGUUUCCUCAUGGAUAUAUGCCGUUUCAUCAGCAGUUGUGCUGUACGUCACAAGGACCAGUUUUACUACCUCUCUUGGACUGAAUGUGUUUUAUUACUUUCAGAUUGUUCCUGUCCGGCAGGCUUUUUUGGUCUGGGUGAAGACGCACAUGAAAGUCUUUAUGUACUUGACAUUGGUUUUCGACAGAAUCUUCUUUUUAUUUGAAUUCAUUCUUCAAGUUAUGGACCCACGGAAAUAUGCUAUUUCUGAAAUGGACUUAAAUUCAAGCAUUGCUCAUGUCAAUGUCACCAGUGGAAAUGCUGUUCAUUUUAACCUAUUAAGGGUAGACUUUUGGCUUAGAUCUGGCUAUUUAUUUCUAUGUGUUGUGAUCAUGCUGGCAUCAAACACUGUGACUGUUCUCUACCUGUGUAGUCACAUGAAGAGUAUGAAGGAGAACACCAGCUCUUCCUCUAGACUUCAUCACCAGAAGCAGAUGAGAGUGACCGUCAUGGGAAUUAUACAGAUGGUCCUCUUCUUUAUCUCCUCAGGCUGGCUCAUGACAAACGAGCUUUUUAUCUAUUAUUUUGUGUACAAAUUUGAUGAGAAGGAAUAUGUGAUUGCCUCUGUUAUGACACUAUACUCUCUUGGAACAACCAUGAUUUUAGGUGUUGGCCAGACAACAUUCCGGCUUAGGGCGAUAUAUUUUGGGAAAAUACUUCUUCAAUCCCUGAAAUUUUUAUACAGGUGUUGUUGGAGGGGUUAACUGGGAAGCAAUG